CAUUUCAAAGCCCCUCCCUCUCCACCACACAAAUAGGUUCUUUACAUCCCUCGAUUCUCUCUCCCAACCUUUCGCAACCGAACACAUUUUUCUCUUUCAACGCACAGCGAAAGGCGGAGGAGACUCUCCCAAAGGGGAAGUCAAAAUGGCUGAUCAGGUUCAACACCCCAGGGUCUUUCAGAAGGUAGCUGGCCAGCUCCAUCUUCGUACUAGUCUUUCCCCGGAUGUUCAGAGUUAUGAUGCUGGUUUACAUCGGCCAUCUCUGUACCAAAGGCGGGCCACAUUUGGGAAUUACUCCAACGCUGCAUUUCAGUAUCCUGUAAUGCCAGCAUGUGGAGCUACCACUGAUCUAUCUGUGGUUGCAUCAACUGCCUCCCCAAUUUUCGUCCAAGCCCCUGCAGAGAAAGGGCACUUUCUUGUUGACUUCCUUAUGGGCGGUGUCUCUGCUGCCGUAUCCAAGACAGCUGCUGCUCCAAUUGAGCGUGUUAAACUUUUGAUUCAGAACCAGGAUGAGAUGCUUAAAACUGGGAGGCUUUCUGAACCCUACAAGGGUAUUGGUGAUUGUUUCAAGCGAACAAUGAAGGAUGAGGGGGUUGUUGCAUUGUGGAGAGGUAACACUGCUAAUGUCAUCCGUUACUUCCCUACUCAGGCCUUGAACUUUGCAUUCAAGGAUUACUUCAAGAGGCUUUUCAACUUCAAGAAAGACAAGGACGGUUACUGGAAAUGGUUUGCUGGUAACUUGGCAUCAGGUGGUGCAGCUGGUGCUUCAUCCCUUCUCUUUGUUUACUCCCUGGACUAUGCUCGUACCCGUCUGGCUAAUGAUUCAAAGGCUGCAAAGAAGGGGGGAGAAAGGCAAUUCAAUGGUCUGGUUGAUGUCUACAGAAAGACAUUGAAAACUGAUGGUCUUGCUGGUCUUUACCGUGGAUUCAACAUUUCAUGUGUUGGUAUCAUUGUAUAUCGUGGUCUCUACUUUGGAAUGUACGAUUCAUUGAAGCCAGUUCUCUUGACUGGAAAGUUGCAGGAUAGUUUCUUUGCUAGCUUUGCCCUUGGUUGGCUCAUCACCAACGGUGCUGGUCUUGCAUCCUACCCAAUUGACACUGUCCGUAGAAGAAUGAUGAUGACCUCUGGUGAAGCUGUCAAGUACAAGAGCUCGUUCGAUGCAUUCUCUCAGAUCCUCAAGAACGAGGGUGCCAGGUCUCUCUUCAAGGGUGCUGGUGCAAACAUUCUCCGUGCCGUUGCCGGUGCUGGUGUCCUUGCCGGUUAUGACAAGCUACAGCUGAUCAUGUUCGGCAAGAAGUACGGAUCUGGUGGAGGUUAAACAAGGGUACAUUUCCCUUCCUGUGCCGUUUAGCUUUUAGAUGGUGAUGAAAAUCGUUUUGAGUUCCAAGAACUUAUUCCGGCAAAUUUUUGUUUCAAAUAAUUCAGAUUUAGAGGGAGUUGAAUCCCAAACCAAUUUUUAAUUUUGGAUGGAUUUUUGAUCCUAUAAACCUGAUUUAUUGGGGUGGAUGCCAAAUGCCCCUAUAACUUAAGGGAUACUUUUAUACGUGUCCUGGUAUUUUUGGAGAAUAAAUAGUUUCUUCGUUGCUGGAA